CAGUAUAAAAAGGGAAGAGGCAUGAGUGUCAACAGACCGUUCUGUCAAGAUUUCAGGAAUUUUGGUGGUUUUCUUAAGUUUUUGUAACAUUUAAGUCACCUGAGAUCCUCCAGUUGUUUUCCUUCGCGUAAGGAAUCAAUUAGUCAAGUAUGGCAGUACUGUCUUCCUGCAGCAUUAUUGAACGCGACAUAAAUGGAGAUGUUUUGUGGGCGUGGACUUUUCCCAGCAUAUCAGAUCAACAGCGGUCGAUUUCUCUUCGUAAGUGUUGUUUGACUGAUGGAGAUGGUGGUAAUGGGACUGGGAAUGGAACACAACGCUUCAUUUAUGGUCGCCUUGGCAAGCAGUGGUUUUACAUAGGCUGUACAGAAGUCUUUGAUUCGGAUAACUUGCCCUGGGUGAAGCAAUUUGCAUUAGUUUUGUGGACAGUUGACUUUAAUCCUGAAAAAUAUGAAACCUUGAUUCGUAUCUUAAGUAAGACUUACUGCAAAACAGGGGACCCAUCUGUCAUGUUACGUCUGUAUUUAUCUGUGGCAACAAGUGGCUCUUGUACUACUGAAGAAAACGGCACAUUUCUGGUCAAAGAAUUUGAUACUCGACAAAAGUUGCGAAGUAGCCAUACUAUGGUAAAAGAGCUAAUUAAUAUGUUUGGACUGGAAAUAAUUCUCAUAUAUACAGCUAUGCUGUUGAGAAAGCGAGUUGUAGUGUACCAUCACAGUCUCCAAGCUCUACAAAAGUGGGUACGCAGUUUUCCAGCUUUGAUGUCACACCGCUCAGAAGCAAAUGACUUAUACCCAUGGGUUGAUUUGGUUCCUGAAGAAGUUGCACCCUUGAAGGUAAGUCAAUGUCAUAUUGCUGGAUUUCGAGACAGUGCGGUAGGAAGUCGCACUGACUUGUAUGAUGUUCUUGUCAACCUUCCUGCAAGAGAGAUCUCAGUCUCACCGCAUGCUAAAGAAAGCAUGGUUAUGACAAAGACACACAAAGAAAUAGCAGUUCAAUUGGUUCAAUUAGCUGCAAGAGAGGAUGCAACUGAAUCACAAAUUGUGAAGGAAGUUUCUGAUCGAACUUCUGAUCUGAUAAAUCAUUUGAAGUCACUUUCAAGCGUUACUGAUGCUGAUGGAAGAGCAAUGGUGUCUGUUGAGGAACUCAGGAAACGGGGUUUUGCAGCCCCAUUAGAAAACUUCCUUUUUAAUUUGGCUGUGGCAGAAAACAUGAUUAUAUUAUGAUAGAGUCAAUAAAUAUAUUUUAUAGAUACUGUUACUACAAUA